GUCUUACCGAAAGAUGGCUGACUCAGAUGACCCCCCCCCCCCCCGAACCUCCUGUGAAACCGUGUGACCCGAAAAUGCACGCAAAGUACACGCGGGCCACUUUCAUUGUGCGCCUUUUGCGGCUGGGCGCGUCGACCUCGGCGGCUCGCCCCCAAAGUUGAAGGCGAGGUCCAGAGGUCAGCCGCGUCCCGAUUGGCUGACGACAGCCAGGACGACCCAACUGAAGCCACCUUCGAGGUCGCUCGGCACCGGUACCCGCAGUACCGCUCUCGAGCAGACGCGAGCCGGAGGGCUUCCGGCACGAUGGCGUCGGGCUCGCGAGACGAGUACGACGGGGCCGACUACGCCAACUGGUCGCUGGAGGAUUGGCGCGAGACGGAAGGCGACGACGGCGGCUCCGGGUGGUGCGAGGCGGGCCAACUGGGGUCGGCCAUCAAGGCGUUCCAGACGUGCGUCUUCGCCGCCAUCUUCCUGUCGGGAGCGGCGGGCAACGUCCUGGUGAUGGCGACGUUGGCGGCGCGCCGCCGGCGCUCCGCCACCGACGCGUUCCUGUUCCAGCUGGCGCUGGCCGACCCGCUGACGCUGCCGCUCCAGGCGGCCGACACCAACGUGGGUUGGGUCUUCUCGGCGCCGGCGUGCAAGGCCACGCGCGCCGUCCACGCCGUCAGCACGUACGGCGGCCUGCUGCUGCUGGCGUGCGUCAGCGCCGAACGCCACUGGGCCGUGGUCCGGAGCCGGCGGGGGAAGGCGGGCGCGGCGGCGGCGCUCCUCGCCCUGCCCGAGAUCUUCUUCUCUGGCGUGUCGGGCUCAGGGAAGGACGCCUACUGCGGCACGCUGGGCGGCGCCGGCGUCAAAAGGGCCGCCGACGGCGCCGUGAUCGCCGUCUUUGCUCUGACCUUCCCGGUGAUGGCGGCGUGCUACUCGGGCAUCGCUCGCGUUUUGUGGGCGGGCGGCGGCAGAGCCAGCCGCUGGCGGCGCACGCUGAAGCUGAUGCUGGCGCUGGUUCUGCUCUUCUCGUUCUUCCAGCUGCCCCACUGCGCGGUUCUGUGCGUCAAGAUGGCGCACCCCCUGUGCGCCCUGCUGCCGGAGUACGUGGCGCGCACGCUGGCGUACGCCCGCUGCUGCCUCAACCCUGCGGCGUACGCCCUGGUGGGCCAGCGCUUCCGCCGGGACGCGCUGGAGCUGCUCCGGGGUCGCCGGCCGGGCUCCGCGCCGUGACGACGCCAUCCGAUCCGGCUUUACCCGCAUUCAUUGUGGCCCAUUUCCUCCUCCUGGUCUCAGCUUGUACGCUUCAAAUAAUAAAAAGGUUCUGGACCUUGACCUUUACGAGCCGACUCUGACGGGCGACGUUCACCCUUUCCAUUUCGGGGCCGCUCGGAAGCCCCCUUUUGACAAAUUGCCGCCGCCGCCGCUCCGUCCCCGCUCGCUUCUUUAC